UUCUUCUCCUGAUUUAGUCCAUAGGUAAUUUACUUAUUUCUAAAAGAAAAACCACGUUCCUUCGGGAGCACGUGUAUCAGGGGUAGGCUGUCCAGCAUCCACAGAUCCUUCAAGACUUCCAGACCACAUCCGGCCACCAUGAGUUCCCUCGGUGAAGCAAUCAUCCACCUUGCAAUCGAUCUGUUCCACCAGAUCAGAAAAUCAGAGAAGGAAAACAUCUUCCUGUCGCCUUUCAGUAUCUCGUCAGCCUUAGCCAUGACUUACUUAGGGGCCCGAGAAAACACCGCAUCACAAAUGCAGAAGGUCCUUCACUUCAAUGAAAUCACCGAGAACCCAAGAGGAAGAGCGACAAGAAAUCCCGUUGAAAGGCCAGGAAAUGUUCAUCAUCACUUUCAAAAGCUUUUGAUGGAAUUAAAGAAAUCCACUGAUGCCUAUGAGCUGAGUGUGGCCAACAGGCUCUACGGAGAAAAGGAGUUUCGGUUUCUCCAGGAAUACAUGGAUAAUGUUCAGAAAUUUUAUCUAGCCAGUGUGGAAUCUGCUGAUUUUAAAAAUGCUGCAGAGGAAAGUCGAAAGAUGAUUAAUUCCUGGGUGGAGAGCCAAACCAAUGAAAGAAUCAAGGAUCUGUUUCCCAAAGACUCUUUUGACAGGUUUACUGCUCUUAUUCUGGGGAACGCCGUCUACUUCAAAGGGCAGUGGAACCAGAAAUUUAAGAAAGAAAAUACUGUGGAGGAAAAGUUUUGGCUGAACAAGGAAACAAGCAAACCUGUGCAGAUGAUGAAACAAACCAAUAGUUUCCAGUUCGUGUCACUGGAGGACGUGCAAGCCAAGAUCCUGGAAAUCCCGUACAAAGGCGAAGAGCUAAGCAUGAUGGUGCUGCUGCCCGAUGAAGUAGACGGUCUGCAGGAGCUUGAAGACCAGCUCACUGCUGAGAAGUUAAUAGCGUGGACGAGCCCACAGAAUAUGAGGAAGAGACAAGUGGACUUAUACCUGCCUCGGUUUAAAGUGGAAGAGAGCUACGACCUCAUGCCCACGCUGCGAGCCCUGGGGAUGGUGGACGCCUUCCGUGAUGGGGUGGCCGACUUCUCGGGCAUGUCCAGGAGACACGGUCUGGUGGUAUCAGAGGUCGUCCACAAGUGCUUUGUGGAGGUGACCGAGGAGGGCAUGGAGGCCUCAGCUUCUACUGGUGUAGAAAUUAUUAUAAGAGCAGGAAUAAAUUCUGAGAGUUUCCGCUGCGAUCGCCCUUUCCUGUUCCUCAUCAAGCACAUCAAGACCAACAGCAUCCUCUUCUGUGGCCGAGUCUCUUCCCCUUAGACGUCCCUGGGCAGCGGCCACACUCGGGGACAUUCAGAGAGCUGUUCCCGGAGCUUGAAUGCUGGUGCACAGGUGCCCUUGGAUUCGUUUUCCUUUCCAACCUCAUAGUCAUCUCUAAGAAAAUAAUCUCUGAAAGAGCAUGUCUGUCCUUCUCCCUCUCUUUCCACAAACACAUGUAAACCUACUCUAUUUCCCCAUGGAAGCUUCCAUUUGGACAAAACGUUCAACAUAUGAUAAAAGGAUAUAUCAAUACUCUAUCUUCACCUAACUUUGAAAUAAUAUAUCUGCUGUUUCAAAAAUCACAUCUAUUAUUCAAAUCUACUCAGCUAGACCACCACAUUUAUUUGCGUUUAAGUGAUAUGGGGGAUGCUUACAAGCUGAAAAUGUUUGCUCUUAUGAAACAGGUGAUCAAUAAAACAGGACUUUUUCCGUUUA